AUGGCAGCCGCCGCCUAUGUGGACCACUUCGCCGCCGAGUGCCUCGUGUCCAUGUCCAGCCGCGCGGUCGUGCACGGGCCGCGGGGGGAGGCCGAGCCCGGCCCCGAGGGCGCGGCCGCCGCGGUGGCCGGCGCGCUGCCCCGCGUGGAGGAGCGCCGCGAGGGCAAGGACAGCGCCUCGCUCUUCGUGGUGGCCCGGAUCCUGGCGGACCUCAACCAGCAGGCGCCCGCGCCCGCCCCGGCGGAGCGCAGGGAGGGCGCCGCGGCCCGGAAGGCGAGGACCCCCUGCCGCCUGCCGCCCGCGCCGCCGCCCGCGCCCGCGCCCGCCUGCCCCGGCGGCCAGGGCGCCGCGGCCGCGCCCCUCAGCCCCGCGUGGAGCGAGCCCGAGGCGGGGCUGGAGCCCGAGCGGGAGCCGGGGGCGGCGGGGGGCGGCGAGCCCGGCCUGAGACAAAGGGGCCGGCGGGGCCGCAGCCGCGGCGACCUGGAGUCCCCGCAGCGGAAGCACAAGUGCCACUACUCGGGCUGCGAGAAAGUUUACGGGAAAUCCUCGCACCUCAAGGCGCACCUGAGAACUCACACAGGUGAGAGGCCCUUCGCCUGCAGCUGGCAGGACUGCAACAAGAAGUUCGCGCGUUCCGACGAGCUGGCGCGGCACUACCGCACGCACACCGGGGAGAAGAAGUUCAGCUGCCCCAUCUGCGAGAAGCGCUUCAUGCGCAGCGACCACCUGACCAAGCACGCCCGCCGUCAUGCCAACUUCCACCCGGGCAUGCUGCAGCGGCGCAGCGGGGGCUCGCGGACCGGCUCGCUCAGCGACUACAGCCGCUCCGACGCCAGCAGCCCCACCAUCAGCCCGGCCAGCUCGCCCUGA